GCCCAAAAGCGUCUCCUGCUCACCGUAAGCAAUUGCGUAGUUCUGUAACUUAUACUUCCAACGUCGUCGACUGCCCACACGAUGUCGAGCAAUUUUGCGCCGACGCCCGCAGAGCUUGCACUCGUGAAUCAGAUAUUUACUCAGGCAGAUACCCAGAAAAUCGGAAUCCUCACUGGUGACGUCGCCGUAAAGGUCUUCCAGGGUGCAAAACUAGCACCGACCGUCUUGGGCGAGAUUUGGAGUAUUGCUGACGAUGAUAACAAUGGAUUUUUGACCAAGAAGGGUGUCUCAAUUGCAGUUCGUCUCAUGGGUCAUGCUCAGAAAGGCCAGAAAAUCGAUAAGUCUCUCGUGAACAAACCCAAUAUUGAGGGCGUGCAGAUGCCUUUGAUUCCGCAAGGCACCGGUGCAUCAAUAUCCAAAUCACCACCUCCCAGUUUGCCUCCAUUGACUCCUCAAGACAGGGCCAAAUUUACACGGAUAUUUCAGGGGUGUGGGCCCGUCAAUGGCCUCCUUAAUGGCGACAAAGCACGUGAUGUAUUCUUCAAAUCCAAACUCUCUGUGGAUAAACUAUCUCAAAUAUGGUGCGUAAAGUACUUCGGAAUUCGGCCAGUCUCAUACUGCCACAGGACGUUAUGCGACACACAAGACCGAGGCGUACUCGACAUAACUGACUUUACCAUAGCCAUGUACCUAAUUCAAGCCUGCAUGGCUGGUCAACUCUUGUCUAUUCCGAGUUCCAUUCCGUCAAGCUUAUUCGAGCAGGCUGGGGCGGUUUCUGUUCACGCGACCGGUGGUAGUGCAAAUUUCAGCAGCCCAGGUUUUCCACCAGUACCGAGGCAUAAUGCUGUGCAGCCGCAGCUUACGGGGCAGGCGUCUCCGGCUCCUCCUCUUCCAAACAGACGCCUAGCGUCCAACAGGCUUGCACCAACUAUACCCCCCUUCCCUGGUGUUACCCAAUGGGAUGUUACCGCGGCUGAGAAGGCCAGUGCAGACCGCUUCUUUGAUACGUUGGAUUCGCAGCACAGAGGAUACAUUGAAGGUGAUGUUGCAGUACCAUUCAUGCUCCAAUCCAAGUUACCGGAAGACGUCUUGGCCCAAGUCUGGGAUCUUGCGGAUAUCAACAAUGACGGCCGUCUGACUCGUGACGGAUUCGCAGUCGCGAUGCACCUCAUUCAGGGCAGCCUCUCAGGCAAGGAUGUCCCUAGUACGUUACCUCCGACCCUUGUACCUCCAUCGAUGCGAGGAGGACAAGUGCCGUUUGUUUCUGCACCGGCACCUUCCAAUCCGGAACCCGUGCGGGAUCUCCUUUGGGACGAUUCACCUCCGCCGUCGGCGACCACCUCGCAUCCUCCGACAAGCAUCUUGCAACCUCAAACCACGGGUACCCCGCUCUCUCCGCGGUCUUUUCCUCGUCCCACACCGCUCUCACAGGAUCCCUUUGGCUCCUCUCCAGCUACAUCUCGUACGUCGCUCAGCGCCAUCUUCUGAGAAGAUACUGAUACUCUGAACAACAGCGUCGAACAAAAAUUUCCUUGAUGACGACGAUACACAUACGCCGCCCAUUUUGCACGACCAGUCUGUAGAAAUUGGGAACGCGCAGAAUCAACUCAAUUCCACGCAGAGAUCUCUGCAGACCGCAAAGGCUGAGCGAGAGGCUCUCGAGAGUACGCUUGCCAAUCAGGCUGCGCAGCUUUCAGCUCUUCAG